CUGAUUGGUCGUGCCGUUGCUCAGCGGUAUUAUGUUUGUUAAUGCAACUGUCAACAAAGUAUGAUCGUUUUAAAUUUCAUUGAUAAUGUCAUUUAGUACACUCUCGAUGUGAGGAAUGAAGAACAAAAAGGUGAAACCCUCAAAGGGUGUAAGCAACAGAAAAAGAGUGCUCAGUGAUGUGUCUCCAUCCACCAGUAUUCCUCCUCUGGUAGAAGGCCAGCUGAGAUGUUUUCUGAGAGUGACAGUGAGUAAAGUGCUGUGGACCAUCAUCAGAGCUCCUCCUGUGACUCUGAUCAGGCUCAGAUGGUGGGGAGAGUCUUCCAAUGGCACCUUCUUCAGGCCUAGAGAUGGACACGUUGAACAGAAAGGGGUCAAAUCGACAGCCCGCUUUCCAGUUCGAUGUGGACCAAAACAGCUGACGUCUUAUUUGACAGAUAUGGGCUCAUUGGUGCUGGAUGUGCUUACAAAGGUUGAUCAUUUGCCUAUAGCUCGAGCUCAAAUCCCUGGCAUUGCCCGGCUCUCUUUGUCUCACUCCAUAAAUGGAUAUUUCACACUUGUUUCGCCGACUUCAGAAAAACUUGGCGAGCUUCAGGUUAUGCUUGCCCUGGAACCGUUAACAGAAGGAUAUGACAGCAGUAGUUCAGUACCCACGACUGAUAUGAGCCUCGACGCACAGGCUCCUGGAGUAAAAAGUGACCAGAACAUGUCUGUAUUGCCAUCUCUGGAUCAGGCUCUCCCGAGGGUGAAGGAGACAGCUGGCAGCAGCUCCGGUCACAUGCCCAGAGGGAAGGAUUACUUGUAUUUUCAAGAAAGUGGUAAUAUCUUGCCAGUGUCUUCCACUGGAAAACCUAAACCUGCUUCCUCUCAAAAUCUCCAGGCUAAUAGCCAUACACCUGUCGACCUUUUGUCAGUGCUUCUGGAGCGAGGUAGCAAACUCAGAAAUGCCAUGGUGGUUUCAGCCUUAAAGUCUGACGUGGAGUCAGAUGUUCCUAUGAAGGACGUUCCCUCGGCCCUCUUUAAAGACAGCAAUGACGUUUUGCCAGAUAGACCCUCAUCAGGACAGUUUCUGGAGAACAUCCUUCAAUCGGAAUUCCACCAUCCUGCUCAGGACCUCGAAGAACCAAGUCAGAAUAGAGUCAACACAGAGGACAUGGCAGUGGACUUGCUACUGGGAAGUGUUAAUGGAUCUGUGCUGCAGUUCUGGGACGGCGAGGGUUCUCUCCCAGAUUCUCUUUCUGAUCACAGCUGUGUGCUCAUGGACAGUGAACUCAACGACCCUCAAUAUGAUCAGAGUCUUCUGGAAAACCUCUUCUACAAAGCUCCUAUGUCAAAUGAAUGUUUGGAAGAGGAACAUCCGCAGAAGGGCCCAACAGGGAAGCCAGAACACAAAAGCUCAGCUAAAAAUACCCGGCUUGAUUGUGAUGAUGUGCAGCAUUCAAAAGCAGGAGAUGAUCUCUCUGGACUUAGCAUUGAUAAAAUAUCUUUGCUUGGAGAUAUUCAUUUUGCCAGGCUUACUAUCAGUGAGUUAAAAGUUCCCACUGACAGUACUUCAAGAAGUCUUUCUAGAAAAGGAAGACCACCUCGUCCCCUCACCACAAAGAAAUGCUUUUAUAUUGUAGAAUACCUCUUUCCACUGGUCUCUGCUGGAUAUGAGGAUGUUCAACAAGUACCUUCAGAGAUUACAAAAGUUGUCUCUAGUAAAGUAAUAGAGGGCGUGGUGACGUUUCAGCACCAAAGUUUGUUUCCAGUGAGGUUCAGUAGGUCGUCUAUUAAACAGUGGUGGGAGAUGAAAGUCACAUUCAAGAUCUACUCCAGAAAUAGCCUUCAAAAGACACCCAUUCUCAUUGGGUCAGCAAUGUUUCCUCUGAGAUCUAUGAUGCAGAGUGAAUCGCUGAGCAUUUCUGCUGCCCUGCCUGUUCAAAGGCCGGAAGGAAACUCCGAUAAACAGGCAAUUGGUCCUCUGAAGGUUUCAUUCAAAUUAGCGGCAGACAAGAAUGAUUUCUCCACCAAAAAGAGACCUGCAAAGCGCAUGCUGAGUCCACAAAGACCUCUCUCUUCUCAUCUGACUGAGGAGCAUGGUGGGCAGAAGGGCUUAUGUGUGAGCGACGACAGGAGAGACCCAUCUCCUCGUGCAGGUGUUCAUCAAGUCCAGAGUAUUCUGAUACCUCCAACCAGAUCUCGCUCCACAUCACCACAUGUCAGAUACCAGAGCUCUCUUCAUGAGCCUCUGCGUCAGGAAGUGAAAGACACUGAGAUUUUGCUUCAUAUGUUGCUCAUGGUGCCUGAUGGGAAAGAUUUUAACUGUGCACCCAUGCAGCCCAAUAUCUACGUAAACUGUAAGCUCCUCGAAUCCGAUGAAACCGCUCGAUCGUCUGUGAGCUGGGGUCAUAAACAUCCAACGUUCAGCUUUAUUCAGGUGACUCCAAUUGCACUGACCAGCAGACUGUUGGAGAGAAUGAAGAACAACAUGAUGGUCAUUGAAGUUUGGUUGAGGGCCAGCAGCUCAGAUCAUGAUAAACUCCUUGGUUUAGUAAAACUACCUCUCCACCAGUUCUACAUGUCCUUCAGAGACCCUAAGAUCUCUGAGCUGCUCUUGCAGUCUCAGUAUCCAGUGGUUGGAGUGGACAGUUAUAUGCCCGUGGUUGACGUAUUCACCGGCAACACUCGUGGAAACCUAAGGGUGUGUCUAGCAAUGGGUCUAGCACAGCAGAUCACGGCACUGCAGCGAAUGAGGGAUGACGAGCUGGCCUGCGUGUCACCACUGCCUCGACCUGCACACAUGUUAGACCACCGGCCACAUGUAGAAACCAAGGCCAGCACCACUGCAGAUGUUCUGCGUGAGCAUGUCUUCAUGAUCCGAGUAGAGAGAGUGAAGGGUCUGACGCCUCUGCAGUCCACAGUGUGGGGAGAGGCUGACUGUUACAUCCAGUACUCCUUCCCUGCACAAAAUGAGUCGAGAGAGGACAUGGACCCACAUGUUGUUGAGAGCAAUGUAGACAUCAAGGCAUACCGCACUGAGACCACUCUCUGUGUACCUGACCCUGUGUUUGGACAUAAUGAGACUCAUGUCCUACUGGCUCCUCCUGACUUCCCAGUGCAAAGAAUACUGCUAAGCUCACUGGCCAAUCGGGGACUGAGGAAUGGAGGAGGAGUGCAGUUUGAGGUUUGGUGCAGGUAUUAUUAUCCAAAUGUUAGGGAUCAGCUAGUAGCCAGAGGACUGCUUCCCAUGUCCAAACUGUGUGCUAUGGUAACCAUGCAGAAACAGGGUCAAACCGAUGCACAACUUUUCUCCCUCCCUCUGGUCCCAAGAACUGACCGACCUGUUGACACGCAGCCUCAGUCCCCUGGGCUGCUUGAAGUGAGCCUUCAGUACAAGUCUCGACCAAUGAGGAGUGUCGGAGUGAAGAGUGGGGUCGUGCCGUCCCGCAGAGUGGUCCUGGUUGUGCAGGUGCACAGAGCAGCCGGGCUGCAAGCUGCAGCCAAAGUUCUUGCAGAUACAGACAGAUCGGUGCAGUAUUACUCUGAAGUGGGGCUCAACUCCUUCAUCACCAUGCAGUUGUCCUUCCUGCCGGACAGUGAGGUUCGAAGCACACGUGUGGCGGCCAGAAGUUUCUGCCCAGAGUUUGAACAUCACGCAGAGUUCUGCUGUAACCUGCUGGUGCAGAGAGACAGAGGGGAGAGUGUCAGUCUCGCUGAACUCCUGCAGGAGGCAGUGGCCGUCUUCACCAUUUACAACAGAGACACGCGCAAAAUGGUCGAUACAACAAGAUUGAAGGAUGCUGUUUUGGGCACUGUGAAAAUUAAGCUUGCAGAUCUGAUUCAGAAAAGAAGGGGUAUAUCUGGCUGGUACAGUCUCUCUCUGCCUCAGAGCACAACGUCACCUCACACUCUGACUUCAGCAGGAGGGCUUGAAAUCUCCAUCAGUUUUUCCCAUCAUGCAGAUAGGGAGCGAGUCAUCAGUUCGGCCCGUGGACUCGGAUGGGACGUGGGGCAAGACAGUGAAGAUGAGGCCGAUAUAGAGGACGAAGAUACUUUAGAAGAAAGUACAAAGUCUCUGGCAUUAUCACUUUCCAUGCCUAGAGUGUGGCUGCCCAUCCAUUGCCUGCUGCUGCCAGGACAUGAAGACUUACAGCGUUCCACCUACUGCUACUACAGAUACAAACUGUACGACCAGCAGACCUUCUGCUCAGAACUUAGACAUCCUGUUCCAGAAGAGAGUGACGGAGAAGAGGGUUUAGCCACGGUGGCAUUUCAGGGCAGCAGAAGUGUGGUGUUGAGAAGGACUCAACCCCUGCGCUGGUACCUGAGGGAGGAGAGGCUGGAGGUGCAGUUGUGGGUGGCCUUUGGGAAAGAGAAGAGAGUCCGGCCUCAUAAUGCUGAUCGUCUGGUGGGCUCUGCCUUUGUGGAUCUCUCUGCUCUUCCUGGGACCUUGAAGCACCAUCAAACAAUCAGCGGUGUGUAUCCUCUGUUCAAGCGCUCUGCUGUAAACCUGAGUGGUGCUGCUGUCAGAGUCCAUAUCACUGUGACGACAGACUCUGUACCACAUGAGCCUCAAGCCAUUGAGGAGCUCAACAGUUCAGGAAAAGAGGAGGAGGAGGAGGAGGAGGAGGAGGAAGAAGGCCUCCCCACGACAGUGCUGUCUAGACAAUCUCAGUCCCUCAGCAAACAGCUCAUUAAAUCAGCCGUGAGCUCUGAUUCUCCACCAUCCACAGAACUCAUCAAUGAGGACACGUUCGUGGCCAACAUUACUGUGGACAGAGCCAUGCAUCUGAGUCUGAAGGGUUGUCCUCUUGCUGAGCGGGGUGGAGGGUUGCCUAGUUGCUGUGUUUCCUACGCCACCACCGAUGCCCCAGGCACAGUGACCACAGAAUUGAUCAAAGACAGUGACUGCCCUGUGUGGGACCAUCAGCAAGAAUGCCGACUGUCAAAGGAGCUACUUUUGGAUCCCCAGCAGUCCUUGGUUUUUAAAGUUUGGCAUAAAGGAGAGGUCGAGCGGGUGAUUGGAUUCGUGUCUGUGGACCUGUCACCACUUCUUUCAGGAUUUCAGUCCGUUUGUGGCUGGUAUAACAUCACUGAUUUCAGCGGGCAGUGUCAGGGACAGCUAAAGGUGUCUGUGUCUCCUCUGAGGGCAGUACAUGACCUCCGGGCACAGAGACAGACGGCCCACGAGACUGUUGCUCCAGACUCGAGUGCUCUCUUUAGUGCACUUCCACUCUGCUAUCAAACAACAGCUACGUACCACAGCUUCCCCAGCCACAUUAGUCGAUUCUCAGAACAGAGGAUCAACACACCUCCUGAUCAGUUUGAAAGUCUGCUCUCUGACAGAUCCAGUGUGACAGAUCGCCACGACGAGCACAUGGACAACAUAAGAAUGUUCCAUCAGACUUUGCAUGAGGGUGAGAAAGCAUCUCGCUCCUUCUUGGCAGGAGAUCCCCACCCAUCCAGUUCAACACUCUUCUCUGCCCUCAGGAAAAACCUCAGCGAGUUAGAUGAUAUUCAGAGAUAUUUCAGCCGGAAGUUGUCCACUCCAACAUUCCCAAAGCUGAGUGAGCUGAGAGGAACCUCCAGGCAGGAAGAGCACAGGGACUCGGAGACGGACACCACACAACUCCUACUGAAGUCCAGUCAGCUGGUGGGAGAGGUCAAUAACAUCAUUAAAGGCUUAAGUGAACACCAAACGGAAGAAGCACCAACUACCCUUAAAAGGUCCACCACUCCUGAUGCGGUUGAUGAGCAUGUAACCUAUGGGGUUGAUCAGCUGAUAUUAUCGGAGUCUGACAGCUGUGAGACAGAGCCACGCUUUCAUAAAGACUCAGACAUGAUGUUGGAGGAUGAAGAUGAAGUCUCGCCCAUUAGCUUUCCUGUUCAUGCAGAGAUCAGACAGUCACCAGCUCCUCCUGAAGCUCAAAAGCUCCAUCACAGCUCCAGCGAUCACUCAUCUGAUGAAGAUGAGUGUAAAGAAGAGGAUAAAGACGAGGAUGAGCAUGAAGAAUUUGAGGAAACUUUGAUACAGCCCAGAACACUCAAUGAGGUCACUUCAGUCACAGACAGAACCAGUCCCUGGACCAGCCUGCUGUCUGACCCAGAUAUGGGAUCUCUGGAGAGUCUGGAGUUACUGCAGCAUCACGUUCAUGACGACACCCUCCACACUCGAGGAGAGGAAAGAAACAGCAGAGAACUUGUUCCAGACGUUAACCCGCAGUCACUGAUUGCAGAAUCUCAAGGUAUUGUUUCUGACUCCGAUAUCUGUGAAGGAUCUGAAACUGAUCUGGAUACAUUUAGGAGUGAAAGCGCUAUUGCCACCGAUCAUUGGGAACAGCAGCCUUCUCCAGAUGGAGACGGUGCUCUUUGUAGCAUUAGUGAGGUUGAAGAUUAUGACCUAAGUAACAGUGGGCCUGAAGAAAGGGAUGAGAAACCGAACUCGCCUCCCUCUACAGAGUCUGGUUCAGAAACGGAUAAUAAAAGUGUUGAGAGGAGAACAAAACCUUCUGAAUCUGUAGAGAUUCCAAAUUUCUUCUUGUCGGCGCACCAUCUGGAGGCGUCCAUGAGGGCUUUGAGGAUGGCACCUGUCUUUCCAUCAGCAACAACUCAAUCUGAGACUUUAAAUCCUGUAAAUCUAUAUCGAAGAAUGCCUCGAUCAAGACCCAGCGUCCCUCCAUCACAGAGGAGUGAAGAGACCAAAAGAAUUGCAAAAAUAUUUGCUUCAAAUUUUACAGAAGGAAGUUAGUACAUUCUUCUGAUUUAUGUGUGCUUGCUUUUAAUUUUGUGCAUGUGAAUUUUUGAUGCUUAUUUAUUUCUUACGUAAUGCAAUAUGGCUUUCUAACAGGAAUUUUGGAUAAUGUAAGCAUUAAAAAAGUUGUUUAUUUACAGUAAUAAACUAUUUUUGUAAUAAAUAAUUUUGUAUUUCCAUA